AUGAAGAACAACCAUAGUGGAGAGAUAAAGGAGAGAUAUCGAGUGGCAAAGAGGUUAGCUAAAAGAGAAAUCGCUAAAGCAAAGAAUGGAGCAUAUAAAGACUGGUAUGAUCAGUUGAAAACUAAAGAUGAAAAGAAAAUAUACAGAAUAGCAAAGGCUAGAAGCAACGGCAGAAGAGACGUGGGAACCACAGUUCUCAUCAAAGAUAAAAAUGGAAAUAUUUUGAUGAAGGAUAAAGAGAUAAAGCAGAGAUGGAAAGAUUAUUUCACGGAUUUGUUAAAUAACGAAAACCGAUACCAAAGACUAGAGGGAGUAGGACCACUGGAAGGACCAAAACCUAACAUAGACAUAGCCGAAGUGAAAGCAGCUAUCAAGGGGAGUAAAAGUAACAAAGCAAGUGGAAGAUCAGAAGUGUGUUGA